GGGCGGGGCGGGGCGGGGAGGCGGCAGCCGGCGCCGCUGCCGCCGCCGCCCGGGGUUUUGGCCGAUCGCUGGCUCGCUGGCCGCUGCGAUGGCUCCGCUCCGCUCCGGCCCGGCCUGGUGGCGUCUCCUCUCCUUGGCCGUGCUCGGCCCCGUGCUCUGCGGCCGGCCGGGGCGGGCUGAGCCGGAGCCGGGCCCGGCCCCGGACGCGGGCCCGGCGGCGGAUCGGGAGCGGGAGCCGGACCCGCACGGGAAGCACCUCUACAGCGCGGAGAUGCUGCGGCACGGCGCCGCCGCCGCCCCCCACUUCGUCAUGUUCUUCGCCCCGUGGUGUGGACAUUGUCAGCGUCUCCAGCCAACUUGGAAUGAUUUGGGAGAUAAAUACAACAACAUGGAAAACCCACAGGUCUAUGUUGUUAAAGUGGAUUGUACUACAGACACUCCACUGUGCUCUGAAUUUGGCGUUCGAGGAUACCCUACCCUGAAGCUGCUUAAACCGGGACAAGAACCUCUGAAAUACCAAGGCCCUAGGGACUUCCAAGCACUGGAAAACUGGAUGUUGGAGAAACUAAAUGAGGAACCAGCUGAUUCAGAAACUGAUGUGGAACCACCAAAAGCCCCUGAACCUAAGCAGGGAAUGUAUGAACUCUCAGCAGACAAUUUCAAGAUGCACAUAGCAGAAGGUAAUCACUUUAUCAAAUUCUUUGCCCCUUGGUGUGGUCAUUGCAAGGCUUUGGCCCCAACCUGGGAACAGCUGGCUCAAGCCUUUGAGCAUUCGGAAGCUGUCAAGAUUGGCAAGGUCGACUGUACCCAACACUAUGAAGUCUGCUCUGAAACCCAAGUUCGUGGCUAUCCUACACUCCUCUGGUUUAGGAAUGGUGAAAAGGGUGACCAGUACAAAGGGAAGAGGGACUUCGAUUCCUUAAAGGAAUAUGUGGAUUCCCAACUACAGAGCUCUGUGAAAGAACCACCAGCAGACAAACCCGCUGAAGUCCCACAGCCACCCGCAGAACCCACCCGUGUUGAGGCUGCAGUGCUCUCUCUCUCUGAAAAAGACUUUGAUGCAACCAUUGCUCGGGGGAUCACCUUUAUUAAGUUCUAUGCUCCAUGGUGUGGUCACUGUAAGAACUUGGCUCCAACUUGGGAGAAUCUUGCCAAAGAGCAAUUUCCAGGUUUGACUGAUGUCAAAAUAGCAGAAGUAGACUGCACUGUGGAACGUAACGUCUGCAACAGAUUUUCUGUACGGGGUUAUCCUACACUCCUGCUUUUCCGAGGUGGAAAGAAAGUCAGUGAACACAAUGGGACGAGAGACCUUGAAUCACUGCAUAGCUUUGUCUUGCGUCAGGCAAGGGAUGAAUUGUAAUAAAAGUCUGGAUGCUCCAUCCCUGGCUGUCUUUGUACAGUAGCUGAGGGAUUUCAAUCAUUGCUAAUUUUCAAAUAGUGUACUUGGGGGUAUGGGUGGGGAUUAGGGCAUUUUUUUUUGUGUUUGUUUUUAGGAAAUUGAAUGUACUAAACAUUGGUGUCUUCCCUCUGUGUGUGUGUUAAAGGCACGCUACCCUGUGUACGAAGGAAAACUAACAAGUAGUUACUGUGCAAAUUGAGAGUAUUUUCAGCAUUGGUAGUAUUGCUGCAUUUCUGCGUUUCCGCAAUGAAGUGUAAAUGGUUUCCUUUGAGACUAAAAUACAUUAAGAAAACCAGCUUAAGGGCACCAGUAGAAUAUUUUUGUCUUCAGGCUAGAUUUGGUUAAAGUGUAAUCCUCACAAACUGCCUACCAUUACUAGAAAGGUAAAAGCUACAGCUGUGUUGAGUCACUUUUGCCUCUACAACUGUACUUGAAACCCUAUUUGUCUUAAUAUAGCUACUGGUUAAGAAAUGGAAAGUCACGGGAGGUUGAAAACACACACACCUUUGGAAGAUACCAAGCCACCAUGAGCUGGUUGUUUCCUGUUAAUCCUCUCCGCGUGGGAGGUCUAGCCAUAAUGAAAGUGAUGGUACUGUAACACGUGCCUGAACAUUACCGAUGCCAUAGUGUACAUGUGUCAGGUGGAUUUUCGUAGGCUGCUUCCGUCCAGCUCCAGAGAAGUAACUAUGCUCUACUUAUAUAGAGCCAAAGUGAAUAGGCGCUAUUAUAACUGCUCCGUUAAUAUUAAAUGAUCAGUUAGACUUCAGAGCUGAUGACGUGCAUUUCCUACCCUCGCCUGAAUCCAGACUUUGUGCUGACCUGCUCCUUACUCAGAGUACUUAGAGAAUAACAAGUAGUACAAUGUUUAAUUUUUUUUUCCAUUCAGCUGUUCUACAGUAGCAUAAAAUAGUUCCCCACCUUUCUUGAGCCUUAACCUUUUUCCAAGCUGUAAGUGUUGAUAAGUUUGAAUGCUAGGACCAUGCACUCUGUGGUGCCUUGGAUUAUAAUAUGGAUCUGUUCUUUGGUGCAUAAGAUGUUCCACAUCAGACAUAACUGAAAGCCAAAGAAUUUACACUGCAGAGACUGUCAUGAUACAAAGACAACAGCAAACCAAGGACUGAAUUCUGCCGUCUCGUGUGCACAGAAACUCAUGGAAUGAGGAUGGCUACAGGCUAAUUUGACUAAUCUGUCAAGAUGCUGAUUUUUGUCCAUCAUAUGGAGUAGGUUGUUGGUUGGUUGUUUUUUUUUUUUUUUAAAAAAAAAAAAGGCAAAACAGCAAUGAACUUUUAAAUCAGUGAAUUUCUCCUGGUACUUCACUUCACUGUCUGUCCAGAGCUUUUGAUUCUGUUCAAUCUAAAAAUAUGUAAGGGUGAAAAAGCCACAGUGAAAGCUAAGUGUUGUACUGGCAGAUGUAUUAGAUCAAUGUAUAUACUUCUGCCUUAAAGGAAGCCUUUAUUAUCAUGUUUUUAACAACUUUCUAGUGAAGCACAAUCUCAUGAGUUUCUUGUAUAAAAUCAAAGU